AAUCCUCCUUCCUUUACCCCAGGAUCGCUACGCCGCUGCUCCGUGGCUCGCAGCGUCCACUGCCGGAGCUCCCCCGCCCCGCGAAUCCCCAAAUUUCCAAAUUUGAAAUUUUCUCGAUAAUCUUCGGAAAUGGUGAUGAUCUCUGAGAUCUCUAACAACGAGGAGGUGAAGCUGGACGAAGAGGAUAGCCUGAAGAAUUGCGAUGGCCCUGGCGAUCAAGAGCUUGAAGAAGCUCAGAAGAGCGAGGAGAAACCCGGGGAACCAGAGGAAAUCCCCCCAGUUGGUCCGGGGGGCGAAACCCUCGAUCAAACCCCAAUUACUGUUGCUGUGUCUGAUUCAGCCCUUCCCCCUCCUCCUCCUCCUCCACCGCUGCCACCGCCGCUGCCGCCAUCGCUACCGCUACCGCCACCGGUGGCGGACCCUGGGUCAGCUGGCGGAAAGACGUUCUAUAACGAGUAUGCCCUGCGGGUCGCCUACAUCAUGCGAAAUUACAUCCAUAUGAGCCACAUAAAUGCUGCGACAGCCACUAGCAAUGGCGCCGCUUCGGGAGGUGAUUCACCUGUGGAGGGAUGUGGGGCUGUCAUGGAGGUCAUACGAACGACCACGGGUAGGUGGGCUGUCGCGAGGUUUGUGGUUGAGCACACUCACACGCUCUCUCCGCCAGUAGACCCUGCUGGGACUCUCGCAGGGGUUAUUCCGGUGGUGGGGAUGGAGUUUGAGUCCAUCUCAAUGGCGAAGGCGCUUUACCAGACUUAUAGUGAGAAGAUGGGGUUUAAGUGCAAGACUGGGGCUGGCCGGAGGUCAAGGGAUAACCGGACUUUGGUGAUGCAGAGGUUUUAUUGCUCGAAAGGAAGCUAUCCACCCUCUAAGCGGCAGCAACCAGACCCUGAGGAGGUGGAACGAAAGCAGAGAAUGAUGCACAUGCCAUAUAGAAAAAUUGCUCCAAAACCAUUGAAGGAAGGUGAUUUGGUGGUGAUUCCAGAUGAGAGUCCAAAGGAAGGAACUUUGGUGGUGGAGGGCAAUGACUGCUCAGCAGGGGAAGAUGUGGGGCUGGUUGAGAAAGAAGGGGAAGUGGAGGAGAAGGACUCGGUGAAGAAGCCGGGGGAGAGGGAAGGUGAUCAUAAGAAGCAUAAGGAGGGUGGAAAAGUGCCACUGGUGAGUAAUCCUGGACAAUCACGAUUGUUGAGGGAGCUAGGCAUUAGAGUGUCACGAUACUCACAUGAGGAGAGGAGGGAUAUCAUUUCAAAGUACAUGAAGAAGCGGAAUGGCCGGCAGGCAGUAGAUAGGUCUAUUAAGAUACCCUCAAGGCAAGCUCUUGCAGAAAGGCGGCAGCGUGGCAUUGGUGGAAAAUUUCUCAGUAAAGAAGAGUUGGAAACACAGCCUUCAAACAGGCUAGAAGAAACCACUGAAGAUGAGGCAGAAGUUUCUGCCGAAGAUAUUGUAAAAGCUGGAGGUGUGCCUAUUGUUGGCAUGGUCUUUGAUAAUGAAGAUAAAGCAUAUGAGUAUUAUGUUAAUUAUGCUGGUAAUGUUGGAUUCAGUGUCCGCAAAGGGUGGUGGGACAAAUCUUCAAAAAACAUUACUAGGUCAAGGGUGUAUGUAUGUUCACGAGAGGGCUUUCGUCCAAAAAAUGUUGAGAAUGAGGGGAAGAGAUCUAGGCCUGAAACUAGAACUGGUUGUCCUGCUCGCAUGGCUAUUAAAAUUACCUCCAGCAACAAAUAUCGUGUGACAGAGUUUGUGCCAGACCAUAAUCAUCAGCUUGCUGCGCCUUUAGACAUACAACUAUUGAGGUCACAGAAGCUACCAGUUAAGGCUCAACCAGGUUGCGAAAGUUCUAAUCUGAUUCCUACUGGUUAUAAGAAUUAUGUCCGGUCUAACCGAAUGAAAGAGAUGAGGAGGGGAGAUGCUGGAGCAGUUUUGGCAUAUUUGCAAAAGAUGAAAGGUGAUAACCCAUCCUUCUACUAUGCCAUCCAAGUUGAUGAAGAUGAUCAAAUGACCAAUGUCUUUUGGGCAGAUGCAAAAUCUAUAAUGGACUAUCACUACUUUGGUGAUGUCGUAUGUUUUGAUACAUCAUAUAAAAUGAAUGAAUACGGCAGGCCCUUUGCACUGUUUCUUGGCGUAAAUCAUCACAAGCAAAUUAUAAUUUUUGGUGCGGCAUUGCUUUAUGAUGAAAGUGUAGAAUCUUUUAAGUGGUUAUUUGAGACUUUCAAGAUGGCCAUGUGUGGGAAAAAUCCAAAAACAAUAUUGAUGGAACAAUGUGCUGCAGUGAUGGAUGCUGUAACUGCUGUUUGGCCAGGUACAGUGCAACGUCUUUGCCUAUGGCACUUAUAUCAGAAUGUUAUCAAACUCCUAAAUUAUACUGUCCAGGAUUCAGAAACUUUUGCACACGAUUUCAGCCAAUGUCUUUAUGAUUUUGAGGAGGAAGAUGAGUUUGUUUCAGCAUGGAAUAUGAUGCUAGAUAAGUACGAUCUUAAAGGCAAUGAAUGGUUGGCGAAGCUAUAUGGUGAAAAGGAAAAAUGGGCUUCAGUAUAUGGUCGAGGUGCAUUUUGUGGUGACAUGGAAUAUACACUUCGAGGUGAGAACUUGAAAGAUGUGCUUAAAGAACAUUUGAGCCUGGAGAAAGAUCUAUCUUCCUUCUUUAAGGAAUAUGAGAAAUUAUUGGAUGAACGACGCAGUGCAGAAAUAGAAGCUGAUUAUCAUGCAAAUCAGACUACACAAAGAAUACCCCCUUUGCAGUUACUGUGGCAAACCGCCAGUGCUUACACACCGGCAGCAUUUGACAUGUUCAGAAGGGAGUUUGAUCUGUUCAUGAAUUGUGUGGUUUUUAUUCGUGUUGAAGUUGGUACAUUAUCUCAGUAUGAAGUUACUGUCAGGGAGAAAACUAAAGGACACAUUGUCAGAUUUGACUCAUCAAAUGUGUCAGUCACAUGCAGUUGUAACAAGUUCAAAUAUGUUGGGAUACAAUGUUGUCAUGUGCUGAAGGUGUUAGAUUUAAAGAACAUCAAAGAGCUACCACCACAGUUCAUUUUGAAGAGAUGGAGAAAAGAUGCAAAGGUUGAGAACAUGCGAGAGAAUCAUGAAUUUGGACUUGAUGGUGACCUGAGCUCAUCUGUAUCACAACGAUAUAGCUCUUUGUGCCGCAUAUUAUACAAAAUUGCAGCGAGGGCUUCAGAAAAUUCAGAAGCAUUUGCAUUAAUGGUUAACCAUUCAGAUCAGGUACUUGAACAAGUGGAAACAAUACUCCAAACAGCACUUGUGGAGAAAACUUUGCCACCCAACAACAGUAAGGCUCAACCACAAAAGGUUGUUGGAAGUGCAAAUUUUUCCCAUGAUAAUAAUGAAAACCAGAGGAUCAGUGGAAGAAAAAAGAAGGAAGGAGUGGUACGCCGAAGGCCCCAUGGUGUACUUGAGCCAAGCAAAAGGCAAAAAGGGCAAAAUGGUCAGUCUAAUGAGCUGGAAACUUCAACAAUAGAUGUCGAACAACCUGUGACAUUGGAUAGCAUUCCGUUGCAACCAAGGAUACCUUCUAAUCAGUUUCUUACAUCGAGCCAUUUUAUGCAGGCACCUUAUGUUCCUGGUCAUCAUCAGUUUGGUCUUGGCACUACUCAAGGUUUUCACGCCAUGACUCAAUUUAAUCAGGAUACUUCUGCAGUUGCUUUACAGCAACAACCAUUCCAUGGUGGAGCUCACUUAAAUCAGGAUUCAAGCCUCUCACAGAUAGUACUCAGUGAAUUAACAAAGGCAACUGAUCUAAUUGGCGUAUCAGUUAUGACUGCUGUUCAGCCUUUCCCAACUCCUGACAUGCACUCCCUGCAAUUUGUGGCCGGCAAUCCUCAGUUGGACCACCAGACCGGUGACCAAGGGCAUUGUGCUGUUCCAGUUUGGGAUUUCCUUUGAUUUCUUACCUCUGGUUCCCUGAUCAGUGUGUUGGAAUGUGAAUUAUGAAGCCUUUUCCAUUAUUCAUGGUUCCCUUGGGAGAUCACUUAGCCUGUUUUAGUUUAAUAGGAGGCUUGGAUUUGCAAAUUGCUCAGAGGUCCACACUGUUAUAUGUUCGUCACUCCGAUGCGGAUUUGUCAUGACUAUGAGAAAGCCUGUUUAUAAGGGAUCCCCGUGCCAGGCACAUCUACAAUCCCAAGUUCUGUAGCCAGUAAAGUUCAGUAUAGCAAAUAAUGUACAUACAGGUGUGAGAGAUUGCUGAUGAUUCAACUAAAUAGAACUAAGUGUACAGGGCAAUGGGUUUGCGAGGGCUGUAAAACUGCAUAAAUUUUGCACUACAUUGUAACAUAUUUUGGCAGAUGUAAUUUUCUGGUUUUCAUUUGUGUUGUGCUCCUGUUGUUUUCCUAAUAAUGCGAGUGAUUAUACUAAACGUUUUCACAGAUUAUCAACUUAAUGUCUCUUUUUAUCA